AUGCCGAUCAAGCUGAGCCUGAUCAACUCGGGCGACUCCGAGUCGCGGGUGACCUUGAAAUUUCCAGGCCGGGUCGACCUCGUCGUCACCGAAGCGGACGCUGCCUCUGCCGUCGGGAAGCUCAUGUCCGAGGUGGUGCCGCCCGGGCACGGCGUCAUCGACGAGCAGCUCACCAUCGAGGUGCGCAAGCCGUCGGUGCCGACGCUCGACCUGGUCGACCUCCCGGGCAUCGUCGCCGCGUCGAUUGAGGGCGAGCCUGCCGACAUGAUGUCUCGCACGCGCGCGCUGAGCGAGCGCUACCUUCGCGACCACUCGACCAUCGUCGUCGCCGUCGUGCCUGCCAACAUCACCCGCGUGCGCGACAGCCAGGCCAUCCAGCUCGUGCAGGCGGCCAAGAAGGAGGAGGUCACGCUCGGCGUGCUCGCCAAGGCGGACCUCGCGCACGACCCGCGCUACAAGCAGCGCAAGCAAACCACGCCCUACUGGCAGCUCAAGGACCGCCUCGCGGGCAAGGCGGACGACAUGGUCAAGCUGCUGAGCUGGGUUGCAGUCAAGAACCGCGACACGCUCGUCGAGGAGGAGGAGGCGAGCAGCCUGCAGGAGUCGUGCGAGACGGAGCGCAAGUGGUUCGUCGACGAGGCCAAGCUCGGCGGCGAGCAGUGCGGGAUCGCCGCCCUGCUGUCCCACCUUGACGCCCUCUUCACCCUCUACAUCACGCAGACGUGGGUGCCGGCGGCGGUCAGCCAGCUCGAGCAGGAGUCUGCGGGCAUCGCCGCGCAGAUCGACGAGCUCGGCCGCCCGCCCUCGUCCUUCAUGCUGGACGAGCUGCUCGCCGCCUUUACCGAUGCCUUCACCGAGGCCGCGAUGCAGAGCGGAUCCUCCUCCCACCCGACGAUCCGGACGGCCAUCUUCAGGAAGAUGCUCAAGCAGAAGCUGGUCGACGGCCUGCCCGGGCUGCUCCCGCUCUUCACCGAGUUCGUUGUCAAGGCGGUCAAGGCCGCCUUCUCUUCCGACAUCAAGCCGCCCCUCCGCCUCGAGCGCUUUGAGGUCCUGCGCGACGCGCUGUGCGAGGCGAGCGGCAUGCUACUCGAGGGUUGCCUCGACGGCUUUGUCGAGAGCGCGGCGCAAACGAUGACCCUCCACCUCAUGGGGCAGGUUGGCGACCCCGUCUGGUCGGGUGGCGACUACGUCAGUGGCAAGGUGCCGCGCAUCAUCGCGGAGGUGGCGCUGCGCGAGCUCAUCGUCCCGGUCGUCAUGCAGCCGGACGAGCUGCGCAAGACGCUGCUUGCCAGCGUCCAUUCGGUGGCACCGCCGCGCCCAAGCCGCAAGCGCAAGGCCGCCGCCGGGGGCGAGGCGUCCGCCUCUGCCGCGACGGACGCCGACGGACCGGCCGACGUCUCCCACCUGCUGAUCGAGUCCUGCGCCGCCAAGCGCACUGAGCUGGUCGCGCGCAAGCACCACCUCUUCGUCGCCCUGGCGGAGCUGCGCAAGCUUUGA